GACCAGUAGCACCUACUUCCUAGCCUAUACACUGUCUUGUCUAACGUCAAAUCUUAUGAGAUUUGAUAGGUAUUAAGAAUAAGACGAUAUCUUAUAUUUCACUUUAUUGUUUACAUUCAUCCAAUAUCUUUCAGAUCUACAGGGAUGAGGGAAGUGUAGUGGAUAGGAGUAGAUUUGGAAUUCGGAGGCAUUGCGUCACAAGUCAAAGAGCCCUCUGUGUUUCCACUCACUCGACGUUUCCUAUCAAAGGGAGUUUUGCUUCAGUUGAAGCGUAAAUUUACGUUUUUUUGUACGUGUAUAUUUAAUAUACUUCACCUGAAUGCGGUCCAUUAAAAAGUUAAAUUAAGUGACGAAAUAGCUAAAUACAAGAUUGUCGACUUUUCGCUUGCUGGCCAGCUCCGCCAGCGGAGUCUAACGUGAAGAUGGACCAGGCAGCGAGCCGAUACCAAGUGUUUGAGAAUGAUGACGACGACUCCUGUGAGCCCUCCACCAGCGCCCAGCAGCCGUGCACCUCGGCCCAGGCCAGCUCGUCCUCUCUGGCCUACCCAGUCCCAGUAGCCCUGGAGGGGGACGCAGAGGCCCCACCUCCCCCGUAUGCCAGCAUCGCCCUGGGAGACACCGCUGCCAUGCCUGUAGAGAGCAGUUGUUACCCAAGUGAUUUCCCCGUGCCGCCGCCCUACAGCGUGGCCACCUCUCUUCCCACCUACGAUGAGGCAGAGAAAGCCAAAGCUGCAGGCAUGGUACUCUCUGCUGUGGAGGUGAUACCAGGGGAGGAUGACUUACCUCCAAGGGAUGACUUCAGCGACGUCGACCAGCUGAGGGUGGGAAACGACGGCAUUUUCAUGCUGGCCUUUUUCAUGGCCUUCCUGUUCAAUUGGAUUGGGUUCUGCCUGUCAUUCUGCCUGACCAACACCAUCGCCGGCCGAUACGGGGCCAUCUGCGGCUUUGGCCUCUCACUCAUCAAGUGGAUUCUCAUCGUCAGGUUCUCUGACUAUUUUACUGGAUACUUCAAUGGGCAGUACUGGCUCUGGUGGAUUUUCCUGGUCCUCGGUCUCCUGCUUUUCUUCAGAGGGUUCGUGAACUACCUGAAAGUGCGCAACAUGUCUGAAAGCAUGGCUGCCUCACACAGAACACGCUUCUUCUUCCUGUACUGAGGUUGUUGCACCAAACGUUCCUCCUUAAUGUGAAAUUCCCUGAGGAUUUUGCGACCCUCUUCUCGAACGACCAGGACAAAAAAUACCCACGUGAAACGACGCGAGGAAGAAGAGAACCAGUGCGUCAUUACCGCUGCGAAAGUCUGCCGUCUUUCAUUAAAAGCAAAAACGGCUGACUCCUCUCUCUUUCAGAAAGUCCGUACAGUACAGAUUAACCCAGCUAAAUAUACCCGGUGUGUUUUUGAUAUUUCCACCGGCUUUGUUUGGCUCUCUAGAUUUCAAUUGCCUUCCUGAUCUAACCCCUGUUAUGGUCCCAUCCUGCUUAAUAUCCCAAGUCUUGUACAUUGAAUACACCUUAACAUGGGGUAGAAUAGUGCAGUGUAGUAGCUGGGUCUACAUGUUGUGGACGUUUAUUGAAAAGUACACACAAGAACAUGAACAAACUGUAUACAGCCAAGAGGUCUUAUGCAAUUGUGUCCUUUCCUGAACUGGAUGUCUGUUCCUAAUGAUGAUGAAACGGUUAGUCUUAUUAGAAUUUUUUUUAACUUGUAGAGCUCCAUUGGGGUGUCAAUUUGUAUUUUACCCCAUGAUAUUAAUCCCCAUAUUUAUUUGUCUUUGGUAUCAAAAUGUUAUUUGAUGAAACUCAUGACUUUUAUCGUGAAAGGAUUGAACUGUAUCACAGCUUAUGCCAAUUUAUUAUAUUUGCACUUUUCAAGAACCUCUUCGGUUGUGAAUUGCUUACUUGUCGUAGUGCGUAGACUGAUCUUUGUCAAUCCGUUUUGAACUGGAAUUUGUAUUUAUCCCAAAAAAAGGAUAUCUGCCAUUUUGCACUUUUUUAUUUUAAAGAAUUACAUUUUCAUUGAGUUGAUUAUUGCAAUUAGCCUGGAUUGUGACAUUUUAAACUAUUGUCGCGUUUCUUUUAAUGCUUGAAUGAUGCCUUUCUCAUUUUGUUUCUGUUACACAGAAGCCUCAUCAGCAAUAUCAAAAAACUUAACUUAAAUGCAUGAUUAGUCUGGCCGAGUUGGUUAUAGUAGUAUUCAGCUAAAGCAACGUUAUUAAUAUUCUAUUUGUAUGUUUGUAAAACAGCCAAACUAGUUUUGUCAGAAAUGAUUCUUGGAACAUCUCUGGUACUCAGAGAUGAUGCGUGCUUGUUAACCCUUUAACCUGAAGUCUUGCAAAAUGCCAAUAAAGUUCCAAAUGCACCCUU